AUCUGCUUCCUCUUCUCUCUCAUUCUUUUGAUCUCAAUCUCCAACAACCCCAAAAAUCUGAACACAGCCAUCUGUAUAGAUGAUGACUUUGAUUGUGCCUGACUCAAUAGGCACAGUUUCCACCAUUGUCGGUUCUUUUUGGUAUAAGGAUGCAAUUCUACAAAAAUUUACCAAUACCUUCACAACACAUAAAUCCUUGGCUAGACGCACGGUUGUUGGAUGCGAUUCUAAAGGAAAUUCAUUCCCACACCUUUUCGCCACAUCAUCUUCGUUUUCAAGUGGAAAUCAAGGUGACCUACUGCAUAGAAUUCCUGUAUUACCCAGACCACGCAAAUCUAUAAUACCUCUGCAAGCAUCCAAGGAUAAUCCAUUCGGUUAUCGCAUUCCAAAAAUGACUGAGAAGCCAGAAUGGUGGUGGAGAAUCAUUGUAUGUAUCCCCUCUCUUUUAGCUUUGCAGAUGUUUGAGACAACAUCUUAUGUCCAAACCUUACUUGACCAACAUGGAUUCCUUGAGGAUUUGUUGUAUUAUAUCCUAGGAGUAGUUAGGAGUUUGCCUUGGUGGUUCUAUAUACUACAUUUCUACUUAGCAUACUUUGGAGUGGUGCAGAAUAAAAAAUGGCCUCAUUAUCUAAGAUUUCAUGUGGCAAUGAGCUUUUUAUUGGAAUAGGCCCUGCAAGUGGUAGUUUUGUCAAGCAAUCAUGCCACUUAUACACUUCCAAGGUACAUGUGGAUUGUACUAUUGGGCAGCUGUGGGAUUCUUAUAUAUUUUCAUCAUGUUGGAGUGUGUAAGGUGUGCUCUUGUGGGUAAGUAUGUUAAAAUCCCUUUGAUCAAUGAUAGUGCAUUUAUCCAUAGUCUUUUUAAAAUUGGGGGAUACCAACGGCCUUUCUAGGAAAUGCUAUUUAGGUUCCAUAAAAUUUAAGAGCUUGGGAUUUGGGGUAUGCCCAACAUGGAGUCCAAUGUUGCCCGAAAGAGGAGGAAAAGAAAAAGAGAAAAUAUGUUGCAGCACUGGUGUUGAAAUUUGUCUUUCCCUUUUCAUGAUGGUUAUUUCUUGAGUUGAAAAUUUUGAUGAACAAUAAACU